UUGACGUAUAGGCGGUCACAUUAUGAAAUACUUUAAAUUUGAUAAUGUCUAGUACCAAUAUAUAGUAGAUAUGUUUAAAUUUAUAAAUAACUAAGAUCUAAAUAACAAUGGAAGAAGAAGCCACUCUUGAAGGGCAGUUUUAUGAAUUUUCAAGAUUAAUGGAUAACAAGCGAGAUGGAAAAUCAAUAACUUUGUACAGAUCAGAUUACUGGAUGAGGCAAGCAAAGCUACUAGAUGACAGGAAGUUAACAAUGACAGACACUGGUAUUCUCUUCAAUAAGUUCUGUAAGUCUGAAUUAAACUGGACUGAAUGGAGUGAGUUCCUGCACGAUCUUUGUCAAUUGAAAGGUUAUGAUGAAGAGAAAAUUCAAGAGACGCUCACAAAUUGUGGCCUUCCGGGACAAACCCCUGUUUCCGUACCGCAGUACAGAGACUUUUUCCUAACUUAUAAACCGAAAGAGAAAUCUUUGUUUUAAUUAAACGGUUAAACAAUUUGUUAUUUUCAAUGUGAUAAUCCUCACUUCUAGGAUGAAUUACAUAUUGAGUUAUUGGUUUGUUUACUUGUAAAUAUCUUUAUUUCUAUCAUAAGAUGGCGGAUAUAUGGUUUCCAACCUUUUUAAGUAAUGUUUAGUCUUGCACAGCCAGUUUGUGGAAUAUGUCGACGGCAGUAUUUUUGAACCGAAAAUGUCUUAGAAACCUUGAACUGUGCGUAAUUGUGAAGUCCAAUGGUGAGAGGUUUUCACUUUCUUUCAGGUGCGCCACUUCCUCGUUUGACCUCUAAUAAAAAAUAUUCAAGUACAAGUCUAACGUGCUUAGCGAAAAUUAUAUAACAUCAAUAAAAUACUUUAUUGUUUACAUCAAAACAAUAGAGUUAGGCGUUAUAACCAAAAAUAAAUUUUGAAUUUUACAAA